ACUUCAGUCAAGACUGCAUGAUAUUUUGGGGGGGAAGAAGAGUUUAGAGGGGAGAAAUGAAAAAGCACAGAAACCCCUGUGCAUGAAAGACAACACAGGCUAUAGGCAAGGACUUUUCUCUCUCAUCUCUGUGCCUACAGUGUGGGGAUUCUAUUUCUUUUAAAAGACUCUCCUUCAAUGUGUCUAGAACUUCUGGGGAUUGGAGUCGGCAUGAAUUUUGGAGUGCUCUUCCUGUCUCUCUGGUACCUGCCACUCAUCAGCACUAAGGGAGACCCCAUCCCUGAAGAGAUUUAUGAAAUGUUGAGUGACAGCUCGGUGCGCUCCAUCACCGACCUCCGGCGGAUCCUGCGGAUAGACUCCGUAGAAGAAGAUGACUCCAAUUUCUAUCUGAACUCCACCAGAAUACGUCCUGGUCGAAAUCAUGUUCCUUUUUUCCGAGGAAGACGAAGUCUGGGUGGUGAGGAAUCAGUUGAGCCGGCAGUAAUCGCUGAGUGUAAGACACGGACAGAAGUCUUUGAAAUCUCCAGGAAUAUGGUAGAUCCCACAAACGCCAACUUCAUAGUGUGGCCACCGUGUGUGGAGGUGCAGCGGUGCACCGGCUGCUGCAACACCCGAAACAUGCACUGCCUUCCUACUCGGGUUCGUGUGCGUCACAUCCAGGUAAAUAAGAUUGGAAUUGUCCAAAAAAAACCAACCUUUAAUAAAGCCAUUGUGGCCUUGGAGGACCACCUGGAGUGUCGAUGUGAGGCAGUAUCAACCCGACCUCUGAGCCGGGCACAUUCACACGAGCACAGAGCAAGUGGGCCACGACUGAGCACUGUCGGUCCUGUUCCAGCAAGGGCACGAGCGCACCGGUUGAUGCCACAAAAGAGGAAGCAUCGGAAGUUCAAGCAUGUACAUGAUAAGAAGGCGCUGAAAGAUAUCUUCCCAGCAUAGAGAUGCUGGCAGUCAAAAGUGCAAAUGUCAGGUUUAUUAUUUAAUAUAUUUGCUGUAUUGCCCCCAUGGGGUCCUCAGAAUUUUUCUCUCCGUCCAUCUGCCUCAUCACUUGUUCUGGACGGCAAAUGGUGCUUUCCAAUCCCUCACGCACUGGACGUUCUCCCACCAAAGUUUACCCUUCAGGUUCUUACUCUUCAAUUCUUAACCGCAUUUCAGCAUUCUCCCAAAGGAAGAAAA